AUGGUGAAUCCUUCUCAAGUACUAUGGUUCCGUUUGGGCUGUCUAGGAGCCUGCAUUGGUGUAUUCACUGGAGCAUUCGGCGCUCAUGGGUUGAAGUCAAGGUCCGAUAUCGGACCUUAUGAGCUCGAGGUAUGGGAGAAGGCCGUGCGGUAUCAGAUGUACCACUCCUUUGGUAUGGUACUUGCCUCUAUGGCUCAUAAGGGAUCAGGUCGCAAUUGGGCUGCAAUCUGCUUUCUUCUCGGUAUCCUCAUAUUCUCCGGCAGCUUGUAUACUCUAGCGCUCACUCACAUUAAGAAGUUGGGAGCUAUAACGCCCAUCGGAGGGUUCCUUAUGGCCGGCGGCUGGCUCGUGAUGGCUUUCAACUCGGCGUAUUUUUGA